CACAAGAAAAACAUUACUAUUUAACCUUCUUUCCCGCACGUCAUAUCCUGGCUUUUUAUGAUUAUUUCACGAAUAAAGAUGAUCCCAAUAACGUAGGACAGAUUCUUAACAAUGAAGAAUGCCGUACACUUAUACGAUUUGUUAAUAGUGAGGCUAAGUUGCCACCACGUUCUGCAGAAUUUAUUAUCUCAAGUGAAGAUCAAAAUUAUUAUCAAAUUCUUUGCCAAAUUGGAACUAAAUUACAAAACAUUUUUGAAAGUGUUCCUAAAAAAAGGCGUGAUGUUAUAGAUAAGGGUGGGCGCAUUAUGUCAGAUGUUGUGUAUCAAGGAAAGUUGUUCGUUGCUGCCUGCAGUGAUAAAAAUCUUGUUCCAAAUAUUAUCAUGAAAUUACUUGACUUUGAGCUGCAGUAUAAUCUUGUUAACAACAUCCGAUCAAUGCGCAAAGAACAAACCAAUUAUCAUUUAGCGCUUAUCUGUUGUCGUGAAACUGGAAUGCAUCAUCAUAUUUUGGAUCAAUUUUCACAGGAGGUUUACGCGACAAAUGGACUUGGAAUUGAAGCCAUGAAGGUGAUUUAUCGUGAAUUACGCCCCGAUAAUGUUUUGUGUUUGUCAUCUGAUUUGUCGGGUCAAGGUAAAUCCGAGUAUAUUCGUCAAAGUAGUUUUGCUUGUAAAAAAGUCCCCAGAAGUUUCCUUAUUAGCGAUGGGGUUGAUUUUGGAACACUUGUUCAUCAAUUCAAGGAAUUUAAAGUUCGACCGGUUGAAAGUUUACAUAUAAACAUAGUAUCAGCUGAUCAUCCGGUGGACGUUAAUAUGUUUUUAUUUGAAUUGUUGACGUUGGGCGUGGUGUCAAACAAUAUGGACAUAGCUUAUCUUCCAGAUACCAUUGUAUUUAUCGAAGUUGCAUCAACGGUCAACCAGCAUUUACUUAAAUCUUUACCAAUGGUUGAAUGUCUUAAUAGUAAGCAUCUUACGUGGGAUAUAGGAGAACUCAUGGUAUCACAGGAAAUCAAUAGUCCUAUGCAAGUUGUAUGCCAUUACUUACUCGCGUAUGAUACUAAUACGCUUGAUAACAAAGACAUCGUAUUUCAAGUCACAAAUAAUGACACGCCACUCGUGCCAUUAUCAUCUAAACAAUGUCAACCACUUAUUGAAAAAUAUUUAUUUAAAAACAAAAAAGAUGAUAUUUCAUCAUUUAGAUUUGUAGAAAUUUUUGUAAAUGUGUUAGCAGAUCAAUUGGUUCGGUUGUCCUCGAGCUCAUUUUUCGAGUGUGAAAAUCUGAAAUUAAUGAUAAAAGAUACAAAUAUAAGAACAACUUUAGUAAAUACCUUGAUUGAUGUUUCUAAGGAUUUCGCCACAAGGUCGGUUAAAACAAAGGUAGAGCAGUUAAUUUCGACUUCAACUGAUGAAAAUGCAAGGUUGGGUACAAUUGUGCAAUGGGAUGAUUCAAAUCAUUUAUUGGUAUUUUUCUUAUCACAAACACCCGAUUCUAUUUGUGCCUUGUACCGAGAUAAGGCCAAAGUUCCACAGAAUGUAAGAACUUUAUUGAAAAGUCAACAUAUAGGAGACAAGAGUUGGGAACUAGAAGAUUAUCACAAAAUGACCACAAAUGAACUUUUAGAGACAUUGGAAUGUUUGGCAAGAAAAACAAUGUAUAAAAUUGAGUAUCCGCCGUAUGCUUUAUCUGCAGAUAAUUUGGUAAAGAUGGCUUUGAUUUUGUUAAGGGCUCGUGCAAAUAUUCCAGUAGUAAUUUGUGGUGAAGCCGGAUGUGGAAAGACAAGUUUAAUCGGAUUCCUGGCCAAAGUUGUGGAAGUCGAAUUCCAACCUCUUAAUCUUCAUGCUGGAGUCACCGAAAGCGCAAUUCUAAAUUUCAUGAACGAUGCACAAGACAAAGCUGAGAACGAACAAAGUAAUCUUGUAUAUCAAGUAAAGCCACUACCUGAUCAAAUUUUAGAUUAUGUUUGGGAUUAUGGCGUGUUGCAACAAGAAGAAGAACGUCGAUAUAUCGAGAUUAUGGUAUCUGAUUCUUUAAAAGAUUUUGGUCAUGAAUGUUUAGUAUUUGCAGAACUAUUAUUCGAAUCUCAAGCAUUCAUUCGAGAUGUUGAAGAACCUUACAGUGUUAGUUUAAGAGACCGCAAAAAAAUUAACGUUGAUGAGAAGGCAUUUAAUAAGGUUAUAAGACAAGAGCAAGAUGAUUAUAUUAAUCGGAUGACUUGUCCUCCUAAUACCGCAAAGAACGAGGCCCUUUUAGAAAAUGUUUUAGUAAUGAUUGUCUGUAUCCUAACUAAAAUUCCGGUUUUUAUUAUUGGGGCACCCGGCUCUUCAAAAUCUUUGGCUAUUCGGCUCGUUAGUCAAAAUCUCCGUGGAUCCGAUUCAAAUGAUGAAUAUUUCAGAAAAUUGCCCCAGGUCUAUCUUAUUCCUCAUCAAGGUUCAUCAUCCUCAACUUCAGAUGGCAUUCUUAAAGUUUUUCAAAAAGCGCAAAAUUAUCAGGAGACAAGUUCUAAAGAAUUUCCUGUAAUUAGUGUUGUUUUGCUUGAUGAAGUUGGACUGGCCGAAACCAGUCCUUUUAAUCCAUUGAAAGUACUUCAUUCUUUACUUGAACCAAGCUAUCCUUCAGAAGGGACGACUGUUUCUGUAAUUGGAAUUUCUAAUUGGAGAUUGGACAAUACUGUUCGCCUACUCUCUUCAAAAACGAAUGGACAAAUCUCCAAAGCGUCUCUUCAACCAUUAGCUCAGGCAUAUUCAGAUUAUGAGCAACAUGGACAAUCGUUUCCAAAUUUUCACGGCCUUCGUGAUUAUUAUGCUUUAGUCAAAAGUCUUUCUCUAGGUGAUAUGACAGCUGAAAACAUUCAGAUGGCUCUUGUCCGUAAUUUCGGAGGCACUGACCAAAAUGUCACCUUGUGUGAAAAAUACUUUGGAGAGGUUCUCAGAACUUUUAAUAAUUCUAGAAAUUGGAUUUAUAAUCCAAUUCCUGUUGAGAAGCUUAUUAAUGCAAAUUUGGAUGAUGAAGGUGCAAGACAUCUAAUGGUUAUUGGAAAGAGCGAUUCUAUUGUUAAUUUGUUAACGUAUCAAUUGAGAAAAAGAAAUUUGGAUCCUGUUGUUAUUUUGGGGUCACAAUUCCCUGACGAUCAAGACGAUUAUUCAUAUAGUGUUUUGAAAGCAGGAAGGCCAUUGAUUUUAACAGACUUGGAAAUUAUUUAUGGAAGUCUUUACGAUUUGUGGAAUCAAAACUAUAUUGUUGUUGGUAGCGCCGAAGAUCCAAAAUAUUAUACUAGAGUAGCGCUUGGUGCUUAUGCAAAUCCUAUGCUAUGUAUAUUGGUACUUGAUGAGAAAAAGCUCAAGCAUGCUGAUCCACCACUUUUAAAUAGAUUUGAAAAACAAAAGAUGACCAUUAACGACACACUUUCUAAACAUGAGGUUGAUCUAGUUCAGCAAUUAUCAAAUUGGGCCAUGCAAAUGGUUACUGUAUUUGGCAAAAACAAAUUUGAUCCAAAUGCUAAAUUUUCUCAAAAGGAUCUUUUCAUUGGGUUCGAUCCAGAUGAAACCUUACAAAGCUUGGUCAUUGAUAUUAAAAAGAGUAAUCCUCAUAGCAACGAUGACGAGAUUCUUGAGAAAUGUAAAGAAAAUUUAAUUGCCAUUGCAUCUUCCGAUGGUAUUAUUCGAGCAGAGAAAUCUAUUUUGGAUCCAGAAGAAAUUACACAUUGGAAAAAUGUUUACUUUAAAAAACAGCAUCAUGAUAAUCUUGCCGAUCAAAUUCAAGCAUUACUUGAUAACCUAGAUGAGUUUCAAGUAAUAAUUAACACAUUUUCCAACAUUAAUACAGAUGUCAAGGCAUGUUUAAAGGGUAUAAUUAAUUGUCAGGUGGAUAAACUUUCGACAUUCAAAACUGAAUCUCAACUUCAAAAUAGGAUUAAACAUUUCUGGUUAGAAUCUACUGAUCAACUGUUAGUACUUCAAUGCGAUGUCACUACCGUGAACGCCGGUUGUAUCAAAUUAGCUAAAUUUAUUAUUGAACAAUUUCGAAAUGAGUUUUUUGCGAAAAAGGAACAAAAGCCUGACAUUAAAGUGCAAAAAAAACACGCAUGUAUUAUUUUACACAUUCAUCGAGAACAAGAAACAUCGUUGGCAUCGUUUAAUUUCAUGUGCGGAUGGAACCAAGUCACUAUUGAAACUUUGUUGCCACAAGAGAAACCACUUUCAAUUCUUUUAAAUGGAAGUCUUUGCGAUAUUAUUAAUACAACUUACCCAUUUGAAGAUAUUUUAGAACAAGAACUUUUAUGGUCUCAAACACAAGAAUGGCUUCAGAAUCAUUCACCUGCAAAUUGGCAAUACAUUGUUGCAUCCGACAAGAAGUUAUUAUAUCCUUAUGCAUCUUUCUCAAUCGCCUUACAAGCUCACAUUCGUAGAUCUGUUCGCAAACCGAUUGCUAGAAUCCUAUGUGCGCUUGAAAGGUUAUCAGUAACUAGAACAUUCUUUUCUAUUGAUAAGUCGGCUCGAUCAGAAAACGAUAAUCGACUUCUUGAGUUUUGGAUGAAAAUGUUCAACGACAAAAAAAUAAUAGACAUUAAAGAGCUACCAGAACCAUCUCCUGACAGUUAUAUGAUGCCACCUGGAGUAUAUGAUCUACAAUUUCCGUUUUCAUACUAUUUUAUGAAACAAAUCGAUGGGUUUAAAGCUCUUUAUUUAGAAGAAAUGACUUUAUUGCAUGAAGAUCCAAUGAAUAUCGAUUCAAAAACUGGAGAGCUUAGAAAAUCAGUAGAAGAAGAACAUAUAAAAGAAUUCACUAAUAAGGUUCUUAACAUGGUUCCACUUCUUAAAACAUCACCUAUUGAUUGGGCUUCAAUAUUAUACUUUAAAGAUUUCGUAACCGUUAUUGCCUAUAAUGAACCUGGAGAUAAGGAUCCUGCAUUGAUUGAACUUAUCUUUGAACAUAGACUUAGAAAUGACAAAAUCUUAAAUCCCAUACUUCUGCAUACAUGUUGGUGGAAACACGGAGACUCUAUUAUUUCAGAACUUCGGCUAGCUCAAAUGUGUCCAACACUUGUCAAACAACUUCAAAAUGAAUCACAUAUCAUCUUUGAGCAAUUCCUUGUUGAAGGAGCAUCGAGAAUGAUGUUGCAAAAAAUUUGUAAUGGAGCGCAUAGUGGAACAAUUCAUUAUGGUGAAAUUAUUAAUUGGCAACACGAUGUUACUCAAAUACUUUCACUUAGUAAAAAGAUUUCAGGAUCUUCAGCUUCAAAGUCUCUUCAACUAUUGCAAAUUUCUAAUGAUUUGAUUUCCACAAGAUCUAUAACUCGUUCUACCAUUACGCAGAUUAUUAGCCUUGGACAAAAUAAUAACUUUGAAGAAUUUCUUUCUUGGAAGUUUGUUGACGCGAUUUUGGUUAUUUUGAAUAAACUUGAGAAAUCGGAAAAAAAUUUGAAUUCACAAAGAGCGUUCAUUUUGAGAUGUCUUGAUAUUAUUCCACCUGAAUCUUCUGUUCGACUAGACCUUUACCGCGGAUUAUUUUCACAAAUACCAUUCCCACUUAUGGGUGCUAUCAUAAGUAAAAUUUUUAAGACAGAAGAAGAAGAAAAUAAUAAUGUUUUCUUCCGUCUGAUCCAUGAGCCAACAGAAAUUUUGACUAUUUCACAAAAGCUUAGCGUAAUCAAUAGUAGUUUGAAAAUUACUGAUCUUAAUUCUGAAAUAGCAGCGUUAUGUUGUGAUAUCAUCCAACUUGAAUUUUUCUGGGAAUUUAAGUUGAACCAAUUGGCACCUUAUUUCCGGAAAGCAGCAAGUGCAUUAUAUAGUUCCGGAGUUCAACCGCUGCAAAGAAUUGCAUCUAUUGCUUUUCUUAAGGAAUUUGUUCGAAGAUUAUGGGACUCUAUGAUUCCAGAGGGUAUCGAUCAAGCAAUCAAAUUUCCUACUGUAGGAUUUAAUCCAUUUAGUGGUCCUGCACUCCUCGAAGAUAUCAAUAGCUCUAUGAGUUUAACACAUCCAUUAAUACACUCAUUAAAAAUUUAUUUCCUCCGAGAUUUACGUCAGCGUGGGUAUGCUAUCGACGACGUGAAGAAAUUUGGUGAAGUGCAGGCAGAAAUGCUGCCAUGGUUCAACAGUUUUUCUUGGGAUAAUGAUGAUGAAAGUCGGUUACCAUUCAACCCUUACUGGUCCGUUCCAGAUUACGCUGAAGUUGAAAAGGCAUUUUCUAAUUUAUAUAAUUUCAACAACAAGGCACCUUUAAAUAAAUUCCUAGACCGAAUUCGGUUGAAUGAUUCAAUUGAUGCACGAAUAGCAAUAAUAGGAAUUAUAGUGUCAAAACUUCAUGCUUUUAGAGCUUCACGUAAUUUGGUUGAUGUAGAGAAGCAAGCAGCAGACUAUAUUAACCAAGCAAUUACUGAAAUUAGCGAUUUACCUGAAGUUUAUAAACAGACAGUAGCUAGACUUUUAAUAAACAAAUACCCACUAUUUCAACUUUCACCUCAAACAAGUAGUUCAGAACUGAUUAUGAAAUCUGUUAUUAUACAUAUUAUUGGAGUACAUGCUUCUUUAUCUUCAGAUUCAUCACCUUUGGCUGCUUAUUUACAUAAAUUGCAAGAGUGUCAAAAUCAAUAUAUUUUAGCAUGCCCGUCUGAUAUUGAAUCAGUUGUAUUCAACGGAGCCGUCACUCAAAGUAAAUGCCCAGAAUGCAAAAAUACUAUUGGUGGUACAAAUUAUAACGCAGCAGCAGGUAACAGACGAUUAGACACUACACCUAUUUCCUCGAAUGAUUGGAAUGUUCUUAAGCAAAUUCUCGAUGUCUCAGAUGAAAAUUUAGCUCUAUUAAUUCACCUAAUUCUUACCGAAAUGGUUAAUAAUCCACCAACUCAGCAUAAUCAAAUACUUAAUACAGCAGCCUCUAGGAACGGAUGGGAAAAAAUGUUCUCACAGACUUAUGUUAUUCCAAAAAUUCGAAGUGUUACUGAAGCAACCACAAAUUUCCGAACUCAACUAGAUCAGGCAAUUCGAAACGCUCAGGUUACUAGCAAUAUUCUUGAAGGUGAAAUAAAUCAAACAUUACCAAUGGAUGAAGGAUAUUGUCGAGAUUAUUUGCCGCGGAUUUUCCGAUCAAUUGCAAAAACUAGUUUUGAAAGUUUCAGGGCUUAUUAUAAUAGAGAUAUUAAAUAUAAUACUCAAGCCUUCCCAUUAUUAGACAUUUACUUUAAGCAUUACGAAAAAUUACCACAUAUCAAAAAUCUUUACCCAAUAGUCAAAUUUGUUCAAAUGUUGGCGUCACGAUUUGAAUAUCGAUUAACAAGAAAAGAAGCUAGCCAAUUGACAUUUAAAGAUUUCAUUGAAGGUCAGUCAAGCAAUGGUCAAUUACAAGAAACAUAUGAAUCUUUAUCUUUAGCCUUUAAUGACUUUGCCAAUGCCUGGAAUGAAACAAUUGACCAUGUGACUAGAUAUCAAUGUCAUCCACUUCCAGAUGAAAAACCUUAUAUUGAUAUUAAUAGUAAUAUAGUGUUUGGGCUGAUGGAAGGAAGGGAUACUGGCAUUUAUUUAUGUGCAAUUCUAGAAUAUCUGAUUACUUUACAAAACAAUUUUUUGCAAGAAGUCAUGACCAUUCCUGGUGGAUCAUGCCCUUCUCUUAAUUUCUUACGAGAGCUUUCCUGGGUAACAUAUGAAAAUGUCUCAUCAUCUUUCACAAACUCUACACCUGCUUUGGCAAUAGAGGCACAAAGUCCUUACUUUAUCCAAUCCAAAAAGCUCGACACAUUAAAAGAAACUAACUUUAUCAAUUAUACGUGGGAUAAAAAUAUUCUUCAAUAUAGCCAGCAUAAUCUUGGAAUAGGUCGUGGUCGAGAUAUAAUAUAUGAUCUUCAGAAAAUAGAAAUGGAACUUGCUUAUCAACUUGUUGCAGAGAAAGUUCAUAUAGCUGGUGGAGCUGAACAACAAUUAUAUUUGGAACCAUUCACAUAUUCUAUGGAGUUAUUCCAAGGAUCAAUGAGAAUCUUGGGAGAGAUCAAAGCAAUAAUUCCUCAAGAACCAAUUCCAUCUGACAAACUAUCUUUAAUCAUUGGCACGUCCAACAAUCCAUUUGCACCAUAUGUAUAUCAACAGCCAUCAUUAUCUAAUUAUUUCAUUGACAAUGCAUCAGAACUUUUCUCAUUCUUGGAAAUCCUUAUUUGUUUUAUUAAAAGAACAUCAAUUGGAGAUGGGAACUUGUUAAUAAAAGACUUUGUAAAUCAAUGGAUGAAACUUUCUAUAUUGGCAGAAAGUACAGGAUUUAAAUCAUUAUUAGGGGUUGAUUUACAGCUUAAACAUGUAAUAGCGUUAUAUGAAUUAGUCGAAGAACAAAUAGCAAACAUGGCAAUUAAAUACAUACAUGAGAAAUUCAGAGUUCCGCUUAGACUUUCUAUGGAAAAUGAAAUUAUGAAUGCAAUAGAUUUUGAUCAAAAAUCCACACAACAGCAAAGAUUACCUGCUGAGGCAUUUACUAUAGCACUUAAAAGAUUCAUGCAAAGAUUCUUAUCAGUAGAGAAUAAUAAGAAUACGCAUCCACUUUAUACGUAUUUUACGGAUAUGACAUUAAGUUUAUGGCCCUCAGAUAUUGAUGAAGAGUUAGUGGAAGAAAU